CAUCAUCAUGCAACUUUAAUUGACGUCUGUUCAAAUUGCAUAUAUUUUUCAUCACAAUAAAACGAUUGUGUUUAUAAUUAACUCUUUUUUUUGGCUCGGCAAUCUUCAGUUACGCCAAACAAACGAAUAAUAAUAAUAAAAAAAAAUAUGAAGAAAAAGGUUUUAUUAAUGGGUAAAAGUGGUUCGGGCAAAACCAGUAUGCGAUCGAUAAUAUUUGCCAAUUAUAUUGCCCGUGAUACACGACGAUUAGGUGCGACAAUUGAUGUCGAACAUUCACAUGUUCGAUUUCUUGGCAAUCUUGUUCUCAAUAUUUGGGAUUGUGGUGGUCAGGAAGCAUUCAUGGAAAAUUAUUUUGCAUCACAACGUGAGAAUAUUUUCAAAAAUGUUGAAGUUUUAAUCUACUUAUUUGAUGUUGAAUCAAGAGAAAUCGAAAAAGAUGUUCGAUAUUAUCAAAAUUGUUUGGAAGGAAUAAUGGAAUAUUCGAAUAAUACCAAAGUAUUUUGUUUGAUACAUAAAAUGGAUCUUAUUCCUGAUGAUCAACGUGAUAUUAUAUUCAAAGAUCGUGAAAUAUAUCUGAAAAAAAUGUCUCAACCACUUGAAUGUAUUUGUUUUCGUACUUCGAUUUGGGAUGAAACAUUAUAUCAAGCUUGGUCGGCUAUUGUUUAUUCAUUAGUACCAAAUGUUGAAGAUCUUAAAAAUCAAUUACGAAUUUUUGCCGAUAUAAUCGAAGCCGAUGAAGUAUUAUUAUUUGAAAGGGCUACAUUUUUGGUCAUUUGUUAUUGUGAACGACGUCGACAUGCUGAUAUUAAUAGAUUUGAAAAAGUUUCAAACAUAAUUAAACAAUUUAAAUUAAGCUGUAGCAAAUCGACUGCACAAUUUCAAUCGAUGGAGGUGAAAAAUUCCAAAUUUUCUGCAUUCAUCGAUGAAUUUACACCCAAUACAUAUGUGAUGGUUAUUAUAUCGGAUCCAUCUAUUCCAUCGGAAGCAACAUUGACCAAUAUAAAAAAUUCAAGAAAACAUUUUGAAAAAUUGGAAGGUGUUAAACAUUUAUCAUCACAAUCGACCAGUACUACUUAUAGUAAUCAUUAAAUUUUGAUUAUUGUAUAAUAUUUAUAUGAUGAUUAUAAUAUUU